AUGGCGAAGCUCGUCUACCGGCCCUGUCCGGCCGAGCUACGUGGCUCAGCAAGCCAUCCCACAGCUCAAAGCCGUAUCUCUCAGCAGACUGCUGGCAACUCCGGCCACCCAGCGCUUUGCGCACUAACCCCUCUGGCCAACCAGCAAGGUUUCAAAUAUGUAGACCAGUACCCCAUCGACAAACAUGCUGGCCCCAUGUUCAUUCACGAGAAACAAAACACCUUCUGUGGUAUAUGCGGCAUGUGCAUCACUCUCGAGGAUGAGCAAGCCGUUUCUCACGCAGUCAAUCCGUUCACCACCACGGGUCCUGAUGCGGCUCAGCAUGCCGAUGCCGGGAAUGAGGAAUUCGAAGAGUUGCAGCAGGGAGAAGACCAGUCUAUUGACUGCGAUGCUGCGAAUGAGCGGAAGUUUGGCGUGAUGCCUCAUCCCGGAUGGACUGGAAUGUAUCGCGUUGUCGUCCGUCAGACAAAGAAUCAUUAUGGCAAGAAUGAGGCUCAUUACUAUGUCUCCGGCCUUGGUCGCUACCAUCUCUGGGACAGCGACCCCAAAGCCCGCAAAAUGUACAACAGGUGCACCUAUGAAGCCAAGGAGCCCGUCUUCACCGUCCCUCGUGAGAAGCACGACUUACUGGUUGACCGACGCCAGUUUUACAACAAGAAACUAACCAAGAAGGAGACGAAGAACACCACUCAGCUCCCACCUGUCAAAAGAGUCAGCGUCUACCCACGCCAUUUCCACGAUGAUGAAAACGAAAAAUUCUUCCCUCACGGCUUUCCCAUGCACGACAACUGCUGGAAAAUGGCCGCCAAGAUUAUCGGUGCUGACAAGCUCGAGAAGGAAUUGAAUUUGUUCAUCGAGACGCUCCAGAACAGAUUCGUUGAUGAAGAUUUGUUCAACGAGGGUCGUCAAGUCGCGGACUGGAUCGUGAAUGAGAGAGGUAAUUUUGACACUUGGUACCUGGCCAACCGCACGGAAGAUGACGUCAACCGUAUCCUCAUCGCCAUGCAUGACCCAAUUCACGUCAACGAGAUCGAGGACCUCAUCGCUGAGAGUGCGCGUCGAUACACGACCAUGAAGGGAAAGCUCCAUGACGAUGAUGCUUCCGCCUCCACAACCAAUGAACUCGACUCCCACGAGUCUGUGAAGAGCAUCCUCGACGAACUGCACCACUCCGAGGUCGAGGCCUUCUUAGCCCAAACCAAGAUCGUCGUGCCAUGGUCCUACUGGGCACGACGUGCGCCUUAUGACACUAUCUGGGAACUCGAAUCAAUCGAGCAAUAUAGCACGCCUCUUGAUUGGCAGUAUCUCUGCCUCCGCGCUGAACGUCUGUGCGAAGAGUCGUUGGGCAUAAUCAACCGGAGCCGUAUCUGCAACAUCCUGCGCGAAGUCAAGGAUAGUAUGUUCGAGACGAGGAGUGAUGAUGACCUAUCAGUAGUUGAGCGGGUGAGUAGCGACGGAACGUCCACUCUUACUGCUAACACCAAAUCCACCAAGAAAGUGUUGGUCGACUUGACAGAAUCGGACUGGGAGCAAGAUGCUUUUAUGGAGGAUAAUUAG